AUGAUGCAACAUUAUCAAGAUGCGAUGUCUAUUGUUUGUAAAUUUGUAAAACCUGAUUUAUUUGUUACUAUGACGUGCAAUCCAAAGUGGCGGGAAAUUUCCGAAAACUUAUUACCAGGACAAACUGCAUCUGAUAGGCCGGAUUUAGUUGCACGUGUCUUUAAUAUUAAAAAAAAUGCUUUAAUUGAUACAAUCGUAAAAAAGCAACUUUUUGGAGAAAUUGCAGCUUACAUUUGGGUCAUAGAAUUUCAAAAACGUGGUUUACCUCAUUUACACAUGUUAAUAACAUUGAAAAGUAAUUCUAAGAUAACUAGACCUGAACAGGUUGAUAGAUUAAUCCCUGCAGAAAUUCCAGACCCUGUUAUUGAUCCAACUUUAUUUGAUAUUGUUACAAAAAAUAUAUUACAUGGUCCGUGCGGAGGUUGGUGUUUAAUCGAUGGCAUUUGUUCGAAGAAAUAUACCAAUUCUUUUCGAAAUGAGACUACGAUGGAUGCAGAUGGUUAUCUUUAUUAUCGCCGCCGAGACGAAGGAAUCAGGUUUACACGAAAUAGCAGUGUAUUUGAUAAUCGUCAUGUUGUACCAUACAAUCCUGAAUUAUUGAAAGCUUUCAAUUGUCAUAUUAACGUAGAAGUUGUAUGCUCAAUUACAGCAGUUAAAUAUUUAUUUAAAUAUGUUUAUAAAAGCUAUGAUAAAGCAGCAAUAAUAGUAAACGGAAGCAUACCAAAUACUACAGAAGAAGCUCAUGCGUCCCAUGAUUCUCGUGAUGACCCUGAUAAUUUCAAUACCGUUAACGAUUAUGAUGAAAUACGUAAUUUUGUUGAUGCUCGUUACGUUGGGCCUGUAGAAGCUGUUUGGCGUAUUAUAUCAAAAGAUCUUCAAGACAAAAGUCAUUCUAUAAUUCGGUUACCAGUACAUUUACCAAAUGAACAAAGUAUUACUAUUAAUGAUAAUUGUACUAAAGAAGAACUUCAAGAGGCUUUAGAGAAAAAAUCCAUGUUAAUUGAUUUUUUUAAAUUAAAUGAACGUGAUCCAAAUGCGCGCCAAUAUGUUUAUGGUGAUAUUCCAAAUCAUUAUGUUUUUAAAAAGACGAUAAGACUGAAAUUGCAAGUUGACAACUACGAUAAAAACAUCAUAACGUUAUUGGACGAAUGCGCAAAAAGUUUUGAAGAAUUAAGAACAGUAAAUGGAACUCUUUAUGAUUCUUUUACAUCUACAUGUUUAGCAGCUGGUCUGAUAGAAGACGAUCAAGAGUGGAGAAGAACAUUAAAUGAAGCAAUAAUAUGGAUGAUGCCACGGCAAUUACGCUGUUUAUUUGUUCGGAUACUAAUUCAUUGUCAGCCACUUCGACCAGAAGAUUUAUGGGAGGAAUUUAAAGGAUCUAUGUCCGAAGAUUAUAAAAGACGUUUCGGAGCAGAAGAAGGAGAGAAAAAAGCUUACAUUUACAUCAAUUCUAUGCUGAAUCGUGAAGGUCAAAGUCUUUCGACGUUUCCCAAUAUGAUUCAAAUAAAUGAAAUUGAUGAUGGAUUACUAGAUGGUGAACUAUUGCAAACUGUAAAAGCGAACGACUCACAUACCAUGACCUUGGAUCUGCAGUCGAUAAGGUCACCAACUGUUAAUAAGAUGAAAUUUUCGGAGAGGGAGCCUGAGAAACGGCUACCGCAUCCAAGGAAGGCAGCAGGCACCCAAUUUCCCCAUUUGUCUGAUUAG